AUGCACGAGUACCUCAUCGACGAGGUGCAGCACUCGAGCUCCGAGUCGCACACCCCCGGCCACGUGCGCCUCAACCACCCGGUCAAGGAGCUCCUCUGGGUCGUCCAGCGCGACUCGGCCAUCACACCCACGCCCUACACCGGCCCCGGCGCCCUCGCCGGCGGCCUCGGCAACGACUGGUUCAACUGGUCCGGCCAGUACGACGCCGGCCUGGGCCUCGUGUUCGACCCCAUCGCGUCGGCCGAGCUCCAGCUCAACGGCCACCGGCGCACCCUCGAGCACCCCGCCCAGUACUUCCGCACCGUGCACCCACGCGAGAAGCACACCAGCAAGCCCAGCGGCUUCGUCUACAACUACAGCUUCGCCCUCUACCCCGAGGACAAGCAGCCGUCGGGGUCGUGCAACUUCUCGAGGAUCGACAACGUGACCCUCCGCCUCAUCUUCCCCACCGCCUACAACUCCGAGUCGGCGGCCCACGCCACUCCGUUCAACGGCCAGAUCCGCGUCUACGCGCCCAACCCCAAUGUUGUUCUCGUAACGUCAGGGAUGAUGGGCAAGCUGUAUGCCAACUAA